GACGUGCCGCGGGGACACGAGAGCGCCGCUGCAGCCCGUGGACAGCUUCACGGCCGCGCUGAAGGGGAAGCUGGCUAGGAACCUUCUGUCCGAGAUGCUGAACCUGCUGUCGGUGCCGUACACCUGCCUCCUUCUCCUGACGGCUGCGCUGCUCGCGGUGGCGUUUGGAGGCGGCCCGAGGACCAAAUCUUGUACCUUCACCCUGGUUAAGGUUCGCGUGCCGUUCUCAGACACGGUCUCAUAGGAAAGAUGAAGCAAGUUGCCAUGUUUGAUCUACUUCAUGGAGAGAGGCUCCCGUGACAAAGCCAACUAGAAACUGAAUCCUGCCAACAUCCACGGACUUGGCUUUUACCCUGGAAGAGAGACAGCAGUUGAACAUUCAUGGAUUGUUGCCCCCUUGCUUCAACAGUCAGGAGAUCCAGGUCCUGAGAGUAGUUAAAAAUUUUGAGCGUCUGGACUCUGAUUUUGACAGGUAUCUUCUCUUAAUGGAUCUUCAAGAUAGAAAUGAAAAGCUCUUUUAUAGAGUGCUAAUGUCUGACGUUGAGAAGUUCAUGCCUAUUGUUUAUACUCCCACUGUGGGUCUGGCUUGCCAACAAUAUAGUUUAGUGUUUCGGAAGCCAAGAGGUCUCUUUAUUAGUAUACAUGAUCGAGGGCAUAUUGCUUCAAUUCUUAAUGCAUGGCCAGAAGAUGUCAUCAAGGCCAUCGUGGUGACGGAUGGAGAGCGUAUUCUUGGCCUUGGAGACCUUGGCUGUAAUGGAAUGGGCAUCCCUGUGGGUAAACUGGCUCUAUAUACAGCUUGUGGAGGGAUGAAUCCUCAAGAAUGUCUGCCUGUCAUUUUGGAUGUGGGAACAGAAAAUGAGGAGUUACUUAAAGAUCCAUUGUACAUUGGACUACGGCAGAGAAGAGUAAGAGGUUCUGAAUAUGAUGAUUUUUUGGAUGAAUUCAUGGAGGCAGUUUCUUCCAAGUAUGGCAUGAAUUGCCUUAUUCAGUUUGAAGAUUUUGCCAAUAUAAAUGCAUUUCGUCUUCUGAACAAGUAUCGAAACAAGUAUUGCACAUUCAAUGAUGAUAUUCAAGGAACAGCAUCUGUUGCAGUUGCAGGUCUCCUUGCAGCUCUUCGGAUAACCAAGAACGAACUGUCUGAUCAGACAAUACUAUUCCAAGGAGCUGGAGAGGCUGCCUUAGGGAUUGCACACCUGAUCGUUAUGGCCAUGGAAAAAGAAGGUUUACCAAAAGAGAAAGCCAUCAAAAAGAUAUGGUUGGUUGACUCAAAAGGAUUAAUAGUUAAGGGACGUGCUUCCCUAACACAAGAGAAAGAGGUAUUUGCUCAUGAACAUGAAGAAAUGAAGAACCUAGAAGCCAUUGUUCAAGAAAUAAAACCAACUGCCCUCAUAGGUGUUGCUGCAAUUGGUGGUGCAUUCUCAGAACAAAUUCUCAAAGAUAUGGCUGCCUUCAAUGAACGGCCUAUUAUUUUUGCUUUGAGUAAUCCGACUAGCAAAGCAGAAUGUUCUGCAGAGCAGUGCUAUAAAAUAACUAAGGGACGUGGAAUUUUUGCCAGUGGCAGUCCUUUUGAUCCAGUCACUCUUCCAGAUGGACGGACCCUAUACCCUGGCCAAGGCAAUAAUUCCUAUGUGUUCCCUGGAGUUGCUCUCGGUGUUGUGGCAUGUGGAUUGAGGCACAUCACAGAUAAGAUUUUUCUCACCACUGCUGAGGUUAUAGCUCAGCAAGUGUCAGAUAAACACUUGGAAGAGGGUCGGCUUUAUCCUCCUUUGAACACCAUUAGAGAUGUUUCUCUGAAAAUUGCAGAAAAGAUUGUCAAAGAUGCAUACCAAGAAAACACAGCCACGGUUUAUCCUGAACCGCAAAACAAAGAAGCGUUUGUCCGCUCUCAGAUGUACAGUGCUGAUUAUGACCAGAUCCUACCUGAUUGUUAUUCUUGGCCCAAAGAGGCCCAGAAAGUACAGACCGAAGUUGACCAGUAGGAUAAUAGCCAACAUUUCUGACUGUAUCAAUGAGAUCUUGAAAUCUUUCAUAAUUUUUAAAGGUUGGAAUCUUUUAUAAUGGUUCAUAAUAUGCUUAGAUUAAGAUAAUUUCACUUUAACAAUCUAAAAAUUUAUGGGAGAAUAUUGAUACAAAUUAGGAUAAAUAUCACACUAGACAAUUUUGCUUCAUUUGCCUUCUGGUUAUUUAUGGUUUCUAUUUUAAGUAUUCUGCCCAAGUUCUCUUUAAAAGCUGUUGUACCUACUACUGAGAAACUCAUCAUUUUUAUAGAGGAAACUAAUGGGAAGACCAAAAUUAGUAAUAAAUUGAUAUUAUCACAUUAAAACCCAUAAUUCUUUUGUCGACCAUUUUGUCAAAAUCUACUUUU